AUGUGCCAAGAACAGGGCACAUUCAUCAAUCAAACAGAUCCACUGCUUCUAUCGUUGGUUAAUAAAUUGGAACAAUUUAAUAGAUUUUAUACAGUUUUUCAUCGAUACGCAUGUCUUGUUAUAUGUUUUUUGGGUGUUCUAUCAAAUUCUAUUCAUAUACUUGUACUAUCUCGACCUCGAAUGAGACGAUGUGCUGUCAAUUGCGUUCUAAUAGCUGUUGCAUUUUGUGAUGUUUGUACAAUGAUAUCUUAUAUAAUAUAUCUCUUUAGAUUUCGUUUUUAUCAGGGAACUGAUGGGUACACCUACAAUUGGGCUUUAUAUUUGAAAUUUCACGUUGUUUUAUCUAUAGCCUUACAUGCAACAACACUAUAUAUGGGUGCAGCAUUAGCUUUCAUAAGAUGGCAAGCUUUAGGGAACAUUCAUAGUCGGUGGUUGCAACCUAAAGCUGCAUGGAUUCUCUUCUUUUUAAUCACAUGUACUAUAUCUGUUUUAUGUAUUCCAACUGUUCUACUACACGAGAUAUAUGCUCUAAAAGAUAAUGAUAAAAUCAUUCGAUAUACCCUUAACUUCUCUAACUACUCCUGCUCGUUUUUCAAAUUCAAUUUAUGGACCUUGGCAAUUGUGAUGAAGGCUGUUCCUUGCGUUCUCUUACUAUGGUUUACAAUAGUGUUAGUAAUGAAAUUACGGGCUACUGAUGAAAAACGGAACUAUCUCUAUUCUAAAAGCUUCAGAAAACAUGUUAAAAAAACGACUGUGCCAGAUCGUACUACAUAUAUGCUGAUUAUUAUGCUCGUUGUAUUUUUGGUUACAGAAUUACCUCAAGGCAUAAUAGCCUUAUUGAAUGGUGUUUACACAUCACAAAUUCAUGCUUACAUUUAUCAAAAUGUGGGAGAACUGUUUGAUCUGCUUUCAUUGAUAAAUUGCAGCGUGGAUUUUGUUUUAUAUUGUUUCAUGAGUUCAAGAUAUCGACAAACGUUCGGUCAUUUACUGAUUCGAAUGGAGAGUUGGAUAAGAAAUCAUAAGCAUCGCAGGAAUCUGAAGAGAGAACAAAGGAAAAGACCAAUUCCUAUUGAAGUUUAG